AUGGAGUCUAUCCCGGAUAGAGUCCAUCACGUAGCGCAGGCCCUGGCGGGACUUUUUCAGGUUUUCGUCGAACUUCGACUGCGACCACCGCUCGAUGCGGUUCUUGAUGCCGAGGCCCUGGAACCCGGACGAGAAAGUGACCGUGGUGUUGUUAGUUGUCUGGUUCAGCUCGCGGUCGAAGGUGUACUGGUUGUACUCCUGGAUCUGGAUGAUCUUGGUGUGGUCGAGGUUGCGCGUGUACGUUUGCAUUGUCUGGCUGCCUGGGUCGACGACGGUGCGCUCGAUGAUCCAGGACGUGGAGAUCUUGCCCAGGAACGGCUUGACCCACUUGGGCAGCCGGCCGGUCUUCAUGAUGAGCUUUGUCUGGUGGAGACGGCCCUCGGCGUCGAUGUGGCGGUCGAUGGUGUCGAUGGAGAGCACGUGCGACGCGUACGGGUUCGGGUACCGGUUGAAGUACGCCAGCGUGGCGGUCUCGAAGGUGUGCGGGAAGGUGUGGGAGUUGUGGAAGUAGAGCACCAUGCGGACGAAUAA